CCUACUUACGCCUACUUAAUUUAUACCUACUCUGUUUCCAUCCCUUCACUCACUCACUCACUCUCCAACUCUCAUACACAUACCUUUUUCUCUGUCUAUCUGAAGAAGGAGAACCGCUUUUCCUGUCGCUCUACUAUUUGCAUCGCCAAGUCGCGUCUACCGUUUACUUCCGUAAACAGUGGUAGGUCUACUAUCGUUAGACGUCACGCGUUUCGAGCCAGUCGAUACCUCACGACAACGCUCAAAAGCUUCAAUUACCACCCAAACAGAACGUGCUGCAGCGCGUCCAACACACAAGAUGCCCGAAGGCUACCGCGUAGAAAUUUGCCCCAACAACCGUGCCGUGUGCAAAAACAAGGAAUGCAAAGAUGCUGCGGUCAAGAUUCUGAAGGGCGAGCUACGUUUUGGCACGCUCUUCACUCUGCCCGGCACAGACCACACCAGUUUUGCCUACAAACACUGGGGAUGCGUCACUCCAGCACAGAUCAAGAACCUGCAGAGCUUCACGGAUUCCAACCUCGAUAUUGUUGAUGGCUACGAUGAGUUGCCAGACGACUUGCAGGCCAAAGUCAAGUUUGCUAUCGAGAAUGGCCAUGUCCCCGACGAGGACUGGAAGGGUGACGUUGAGGUAAAUCGACCUGGUGAAGCUGGGUUCCGUGUCAAAGCCUCCAAGAAGAAGGCAGACAAGGAUGCCGACGAAGACGACAAGCCCAGCAAGAAGCGCGGACGCGGCAAAAAGGCUGCUGAUGAAGAGGAUGAAGCCCCAGCUCCCAAAAAGGCUCGUGGUAAACAAGCAGCUACCAAAGCAGCAAAAGCUGCAGAUGAGGAGCCCAAAAUCAAGAAGCCUCGCGCGAAGAAGGCUGCUGUCAAGGCUGAAGAGGACGAUGUCGAAGAGGUAGUGGCAAAGCCGAAGAAGGGUCGCGGCAAGAAGGCUCCCGUCGAACCUGUCGAAGAUGAUGUUAAUGAAGAGGAGGAAGCACCCGCCCCUAAGAAAACGCGCGGAAAGGCGGCUCCAAAGGCCAGUGCUCCCCGAACUAAGAAGGCUGCUGUCAUGAAAGAUGAGAGUGGCGAGGAUGAGGUUAUAGAGGAGGUAAAACCCAAGCGCGGGAAGAAAGCUGCAGCAAAAGAUGAGCAGAAGCCCGCACCCCAGAAGAGGGGCAGAAGAAAGGCCACAGCGGACGAGUAGGUGGUUCAUAAGGCUCUUCGCUUUUCCAAGACGCAGAAGUCCUGCGAUCAUGUUCACGGCGUAAUUCGGAUUGAAAUGAUGGGAAUGUCUGAUAUUCGCACGAGGGUGGAUAAUCAUCAUCGCAAUCCCACGAUCCAUCUCCAACUAUAAUACCCGGUUGCUUGUAUUUCAAGCCAACGUCGAUAAUCAUAGAAUGUCGGAAUUGAUAGCAUAAUAAUGAAUACUCGCU